GGAGGAGCCAGCCGGACUCGGGGGGCGGCUGCACAGUCUCUGGGAUCCCCAGGCCUGGAGGGGGGUCUGCGCGCGGCCGGCUGGCUUUGCCUCCCGUCCGGUCCCGAGCGGGCCUCCCUCGGGCAGCCCGAUGUGACCGGGCCCAGCGGAGCCUGAGCAAGGAGCGGGUCCGUCGCGGAGCCGGAGGGCGGGAGGAACAUGACAUCGCGGAGAUGGUUUCACCCAAAUAUCACUGGUGUGGAGGCCGAAAAUCUACUGUUGACAAGAGGCGUCGAUGGCAGCUUUUUGGCAAGGCCCAGUAAAAGUAACCCUGGAGACUUCACACUUUCUGUUCGAAGAAAUGGAGCUGUCACCCACAUCAAGAUUCAGAACACUGGUGACUACUAUGACCUGUACGGAGGGGAGAAGUUUGCCACCCUGGCUGAACUGGUCCAGUAUUACAUGGAGCACCAUGGGCAAUUAAAAGAGAAAAACGGAGAUGUUAUCGAGCUCAAGUAUCCACUGAACUGUGCAGACCCUACCUCUGAAAGGUGGUUUCAUGGUCACCUCUCUGGGAAAGAAGCAGAGAAAUUACUAACUGAGAAGGGGAAACAUGGGAGCUUUCUUGUGCGAGAGAGCCAGAGCCACCCUGGAGAUUUUGUUCUCUCCGUCCGCACUGGCGAUGACAAAGGGGAGAGUAAUGACAGCAAGUCUAAAGUGACCCACGUCAUGAUUCGCUGCCAGGAACUGAAAUAUGAUGUAGGUGGAGGAGAGCGGUUUGACUCUUUGACGGAUCUGGUGGAGCAUUACAAGAAGAAUCCUAUGGUGGAAACACUGGGCACAGUGCUACAACUCAAGCAGCCUCUCAACACCACUCGGAUUAAUGCUGCUGAAAUAGAGAGCCGGGUUCGAGAACUAAGCAAAUUAGCUGAGACUACAGAUAAAGUUAAACAAGGCUUUUGGGAAGAGUUUGAGACACUACAACAACAGGAAUGCAAACUUCUCUACAGUCGAAAAGAGGGUCAAAGGCAAGAAAAUAAAAACAAAAAUAGAUAUAAAAACAUUCUGCCUUUUGAUCAUACCCGGGUUGUCCUCCACGAUGGCGAUCCCAACGAGCCUGUCUCUGAUUACAUUAACGCAAACAUCAUCAUGCCUGAAUUUGAAACCAAGUGCAACAAUUCAAAGCCCAAAAAGAGUUACAUUGCCACCCAAGGCUGCCUGCAAAACACAGUGAACGACUUUUGGCGGAUGGUGUUCCAAGAGAACUCCCGAGUGAUCGUUAUGACAACAAAAGAAGUAGAGAGAGGAAAGAGCAAAUGUGUCAAGUACUGGCCUGAUGAGUAUGCACUAAAAGAAUAUGGGGUCAUGCGCGUACGGAAUGUCAAAGAAAGUGCUGCUCAUGACUACACGCUAAGAGAGCUGAAACUUUCCAAGGUUGGACAAGCUCUACUCCAGGGCAAUACGGAGAGAACCGUCUGGCAGUACCACUUUCGGACCUGGCCAGACCACGGUGUGCCCAGCGACCCCGGGGGCGUGCUGGACUUCCUGGAGGAGGUCCACCACAAGCAGGAGAGCAUCAUGGACGCCGGCCCCGUGGUGGUUCACUGCAGUGCUGGAAUCGGCCGGACAGGGACGUUCAUUGUGAUUGAUAUCCUUAUCGACAUCAUCAGAGAGAAAGGUGUCGACUGUGAUAUUGACGUUCCCAAAACCAUACAGAUGGUGCGAUCUCAGAGGUCAGGGAUGGUUCAGACAGAAGCACAGUACCGGUUUAUCUAUAUGGCCGUCCAGCAUUAUAUUGAAACACUACAGCGCAGGAUCGAGGAAGAACAGAAGAGCAAGAGGAAAGGACACGAAUAUACCAACAUUAAAUAUUCCCUAACGGACCAGACAAGUGGAGACCAGAGUCCCCUGCCACCUUGUACCCCAACACCACCCUGUGCAGAAAUGAGAGAAGACAAUGCCAGAGUCUAUGAGAACGUGGGCCUGAUGCAGCAGCAGAAGAGCUUCAGAUGAGAAGAGCCGCGGGAACUGCAGCCCAGAAUGUGGACUUUCGCCUUCUCUCUAAAGUUCAAGAACAGACACAAGGAAGUUUAUGUGAAGAAUGGAUUUGGAUCUGGAAAGCUGGUGUCGUGGCUGACUGCCUUUUGAUCAGCCACAUUUGCAGCCAUUUAAAGACCACUGUAUUCUAACUCAGCAGUUCAUUUCCUCAGAUAAGAAGAAGUCGUCUCUACAAUGUAGACAAUGUGAUAUUUUAUAGAAUUUUGUUUUAAAUCAAGAAAGCAGUUAAAUUGUGCUCUAUAUUUUAGAGAUCAUGGGGCUUCAAGUUCAAGUUAUGGGCAGUUUUUUUUUUUUUUUUAAAUAGCCUGAUUUUUUUUUUCUCUUUGUGGGGGAUGAUGGGACACUUGGAGAAAGGAAAUGGCUUGGGAAAAUUAACAGCACCCUUGAGAAGUGGGAACUGUUUCCUUUUCCCUCGCUGCUGUCUUAGUCUGUUUUGUGUUGCCUGACAGGACGCCUCAGACCAGGCGAUUUUUAAUGGACAACAAUUUGUGUCUCCGGUUCUGGAGGCUGGGAGGCCAGGGUGGGGCGGCAUCUGCUGAGAGCCUCAGUGCUGCAUCAGGGGACUUGGUGGAAGGCGUCACAUGCUGAGGGACAGCCAGAGAGGGCCAAGCCUGGUUUUAAAAUGAGUCCACUCCCGUGAUGACGUUAAUCCAUUUGUGGCGGCAAAGCCCUGUGACCUGAUGGCCCCUUUAAGGCCCCACCUCUCCACACGGCUGCAUUGGAGAUUGAGUUUCUAAUACAGGAACUUUGGGGACAUUCACUCAUAGCACUUAUCCCUAGUGGAUAAUUCACCUGGGGGCUUCCUCUUUUUUGGCUAAAUGGUCUCCCAGCCAGUGACCGAGACUGUCAGAGGUUGACUGUCUUCACAUCGCCGUUAAAAAUCAUGGGAAAAAAAAUCAUGGAAAUGUAUGAACUAGGAUAAGAGGUGUGUUUUCUCAGCCGAUGGCCGUUCCUGUUCAGUGUUGACAGGCGUUUGUGACGGGAAAACAGUUGCCAUAUUUCCUUUGCUUCUGAGUGACUGUCUUGUGUUUUAAACAGGCUUCUGGGCCGACUGGGCUUUGGUCGUCAGGUGUCGCUCACCCGCCCCCUUCCUCAAUCUGAGCUGGGCCCGUCAGAGCUGUCCCUCUGCUGCUCUUGCGGGUGGUCCCCCGUGUGUUGGCAGGUCGAUGAGACACUGGGACGGCUGGGCUUUGCUCUGCUGGAGUCCUCAGGUCUGUCCUCCAUGGGGCCUCAGCAGGGUAGUGAGGCCUGUCCCCUGACUGCUCAGAGCUCCCACCUGCUCAAGGGCAAACUGGCCAGGCCUCAGGCUCAGACCACAACUACCACAGCCGCCCUUCCAUGCCCUUCCUUGAUUAAAGAAGUCACAGACCCAGCCAGGGUGUGAGGGGAUAUGAAGUGGAGGUGCAGUGCCUUGGGGCCACAGUCUAACAUCUGGCACAGCCAGUGCCAUGGCAACCAGCUGCCAGUGACCUUGGGAAGCUGCUUCUGCUGUGAUAGUGGGAGAAGCUGCAGGUCAGGCUGAGAGAGGAGCAGGGCCUUCAGGAAGCUCUGAGCACGUCUUCAGCCCUGAGCACACGUUCCCAACCUCCCCCAAGGGACAGGUCUUGCAAGCACAGAGGUGUUUGGGGGACAGAGCAUUCGAAACUGAAUCCCCUGUCCUCGCAGACCAUGGCCAAUGUGAUGCUUUCUAAGUGCCGCUGGCUUUCUGUCCUGCCCUUGUGGCACUGCCAGGCCGCGCGGCGGCGGAGCAGCCCAGCCGCUGCCAGGUGAGCCAGCCUCUGUGCAGGCAGCAGCGAGACUUGCUGAUGUCCUACCUUAAGUGCCUUCUCCAGGGACGUCCCCCUUGCCUCAAGUGUUAAACUGUCAUUCAGUGAGAGUGUCUGAAGACAGCGUUGCAGGUUGACUCUUGUCACGUGUGAGAGCAACUGUGCUGGGAAGUCACGGUCUCUCCCCAGAGUCCUCCUGCUGUGUUCUGAGUGGCAGGGCUGUCCUGGUGGUCGCUCUUUGCGGAGCCCUUUCACUCCCUGAGGUGGUUGGGGAGUGCAAUGGCCGCCAUUUUCACAGAUGAAAUGAACACUGAUGCUCCCCCACCCCGUAUUCCUGGGAAGCAGAAUUGCUCAGAGCGAGGUGUGGCCUGAGUCACCCCUGGGCGGAUGCAACGAGCACGGUCUUCCUGUCCAGCCUGCACAGGGAGCUCCCGGCCCAGCGUUUGCACCCUCUUCUCUUUACGGCAUUGUCAAGUUGACUCAUUUGGAUUUUGUGGUGGUGUUUUGACUGUGCGCUUUGGGGACAGAGUCUUGCACCAGCAUGCAAGGGUGUGACGGGACGGGUACAUCUGCUGAGUUCACAUCUCGGCUGGUAGCUCUAGAUGGGUUGUUUUUGCACUCAGAAUGGAAACACCUGAUCUCGGCCAGCUUUGUUCCAACACGCUGAUUUCAUCCAACUAUUAUUAAAUGAACUGAUGCCAACAGAAGAUCCGUGGGAAGGCUGCUGAUGUCUGUCUUGUGUUUGGUAAAAGGUGGUUGCACGUUCUCAGGGCAGGUCGUUGUGCAUAUGGUGGAACCAGACAGAGGGCUAGGAAGAUGGGGGUAGCUUGAGGUGUGAGGUUAAGAAGGUGGAAAUGCAAGUUCAAGAGGCGGUUCACGAGGAAGUCACAGGCCCCAGGCCAGCGCGGUCAGUAACCGGUGAAUCAGGCUCCCUGGCUAGGCGAGAUGGGCACAGGUCCGCACCCACUUCUGCAUUGUUGCUGGGCAUUAAACGCACACAACAGACCAUAGCUGGCUGAGUAUUUUAAAAUUAUAAGCAUAGGAUUUUAUAUUUGGGGUGAAGAAAUUAUCUGGCACAUGGUAUUGGGUUUUUCUAAAAAAGCCAAAUUUCAGAGUCUUUAUAGCUUUCUUUCUUAAAAAAAUAAAAAGGUGUCUCACGUCCAGUGUGUGGCUCUCUGACACCUAAGGUCACCUCUCCCACUGAAAUCAGUGACUUUUUAAACGUGGCAGAAUGGGGUGAGAAACUGUAGGUAGACUUUCUUGGUGUCUGUACCCAGUUGCUUUGGAACAGCCAAGAAAAUUGUCAAGAUUGUUUUAGGGGUUAUUUUACUGGGGGAUUUUUAAGAAAUAACAACGGGCGGGGGUUGUGGCUCAGUGGCAGAACACUCGCCUGGCAUGUGUGAGGCAUGGGGUUUGAUCCUUAACACCACAUACCAAUAAAUAAAUAAAAUUAGAAAAAAAAUUUAAAAAGAAGUAACAUAAAACCCUGGGUCACUUCCAGUUGAGGAACGUGGGAAGGUGUGCGGUUGGUGUAGGUUAGUGAUCCAGAGGGAGGCUCUGUUGGUGGUGGGAAUAAAUUUUUACCUAGAAGCACACGCCUCCUUGAUUUGAAGAUGCCUUUCCUAGGAUAUGUAUUAGCUUGUGAUUCUGUUGAAGUCUUCUUCCUUCUUCCUCUUGAAAAAUGAGUUCCAAACAUAGUUUAUUGUGUCUUCUGUGACUAAAAUGUUCACUCCUCCUUUGCCACGGGCAGUUCACACAAGGCAAGACCUUAAGCAGGUGGCUGUAGUGAGCUGGUAACUAUGCUGUAUGUCAAACUAAUUUUUACAAGUUUCCAUCCUAAACUUCAAAUCAUGUAAUUAAUAAUUUGCCUGUUUAUUUAUGACCUAAUUGUGAUUCUUUUAUUAAUAAAAGCUAAUUGAAAAGGACCCUUUAUUAAGCCGAUGACUAGACCUACAUUUAAUUUUCCUGCAUUGUAUGAAGAGUAUUGCACCAGAGUAUUAAAGAUAUGUAAUAUUUUAUUGAUAAAUCUAUCCUUUAAAAGGAAUACGUUUUAGGAUGUCAUCAUUUUGAUGUGAAUCAUGUAAAUGUUGAUAAUAUGCUGUUUAUUAUACAUUUAGUGUUUCAAGAGAUCCACUUAAUUGCCUUUUUGCCCACGUAUAUUAUGUAGUCUAUUUGCAAUUGUUUUUUUAGAAAAUGACAUUAAAAGAGUAGUCUAUGUAGAGAAACAGUAGUGAAUGUUAAUUGUCUCCCCACCUGUAUUUAUGGGUGUUAGUUCAACUGCUUUGCUAGUUGCAAAGCCGUUAUUACAGAGUAAAGUGUAUUUGUAAACUGUAUGGAACUAAAAAUUAGGAAUAAAACCAUUUUUCUUA